UUAAAUAAAUGACUACUUAACUUCCGAGUGUUACGAACUAAAGCCACUCCUUUGGUCGAAACCUCUUCAGCAGCUGCGGCUCAUCCAGAGUCGUGUUUAUUAUCUACAGGCGGGUUUUUGGUUUUGAAAAGUUUUGCACAAGUAAAAAUAGAGCGUUUGUUUACCGGUUUGGGAGCGUUUACAAAUAAUAUUCAUCAGAAGACGUCACCAAAGAAGACGCCAUGGUGCUGAAAUCGGAGGACGGCGUCGUCACCCUCAGGUGACCAGACCACAGAUGUUCAUGGGCCAAUGACAACACAUGCUGCCUACAACCCUCCAGAAUCACUAUUUGAUGGACCGACCCCCAGUCCUCAUCCACCCCUCCCGGUCGAGGAACCCACCUCCGCACCAACAAGCCAUCAUCCAUGCCAGAUGACCUCACGCCUGAGGAGCAGCAGGAGCUGGAGAAGAUCCGCCAACGCAAGCAGGAGCUGCUGGAGGACAUUCAGCGUUUGAAGGAUGAGAUAGCCGAGGUGACCAGCGAGAUCGAAAACCUGGGCUCCACUGAGGAGAGGAAAAACAUGCAGAGGAACAAGCAGGUGGCAAUGGGCCGCAAGAAGUUCAAUAUGGACCCUAAGAAGGGGAUUCAGUUCCUGAUUGAAAACGAUCUACUGAAGAACACCAGUGAUGACAUCGCUCAGUUCCUCUACAAGGGCGAGGGCCUUAAUAAGACAGCAAUAGGGGACUACCUCGGAGAGAGGGAUGAGCUCAACAUUCAGGUGCUGCAUGCAUUUGUGGAAUUGCAUGAGUUCACAGAUCUGAACCUUGUACAAGCGCUCAGACAAUUUCUUUGGAGCUUCAGACUGCCAGGCGAGGCACAGAAGAUUGAUAGGAUGAUGGAGGCUUUUGCCCAACGCUACUGCCAGUGCAACCCGGGAGUCUUCCAGUCCACUGACACGUGCUACAUCCUUUCCUUUGCCAUCAUCAUGCUGAACACCAGUCUUCACAACCCCAAUGUGAAAGACAAGCCCACUGUGGAGCGCUUCAUCUCCAUGAACAGAGGCAUCAAUGAUGGUGGAGACCUACCAGAGGAGCUGUUACGAAACUUGUACGAGAGCAUCAAGAGUGAGCCAUUUAAAAUCCCAGAGGACGACGGCAAUGACCUCACGCACACAUUCUUUAACCCUGACCGGGAGGGCUGGCUGCUCAAACUGGGAGGAGGACGUGUCAAAACCUGGAAGAGGCGAUGGUUUAUUCUCACCGAUAACUGCCUUUACUACUUUGAAUACACUACAGACAAAGAACCCAGAGGAAUCAUUCCUUUGGAAAACCUGAGUAUCCGAGAAGUGGAGGAUAAGAAGCCGAACUGCUUUGAGCUCUUCAUCCCAGACAAUAAGGAUCAGGUGAUUAAGGCUUGUAAGACCGAGGCGGAUGGGCGUGUGGUGGAGGGCAAUCACACAUUUUACCGCAUCUCUGCUCCCACCACUGAGGAGAAGGACGAGUGGAUCAACAGCAUCAAGGCGGCGAUCAGCCGGGACCCAUUCUACGAGAUGCUGGCUGCUAGGAAGAAGAAAGUUUCCUCUAUGAAGAGGCACUAAAUCUGCUCAGGGCGAUUCAGGGCUGUGUGAGUGCUCUCUCUCUAGUGGAGAGAACUGAUACUUGCAGUGGGAGGAUGAGACUGGUCUCCUUCCCACUGCUUAUCCUCUUUCAAUAAUAUAGUGUCUGUACUAGGACGAGAAUGGGGUUUGAGGACUAAAUAGGACAUUGGAGAUUGGAAAAAGCCAUGACUACAGGCUCUGUAGUGUCCAGCAGGAACUGUGCCUCUGCUUCUCUUCCUGUUUAAAUGUCCCUCACCUCUCCUGCAUCUUGGGGGGGGGGUUGUGUGUGUGAGAGAGGUGGUCAUUGUGCUUUGGGUUCUUCUCAUGAAAAUUCCCAAAGAAUUAAUCUCAGUCCUAAUGCUAAACCAAAAUGCACACUUUCUCUACCUUAAUUCUAUCUAGUUUCUGUCUAUUCUGAUCUCUUUCUUAAAGGAGAUGCACAGAACCAUGGCCUCACUUUUUGUUUAUAAAUGCCUUGAAACCUCAAGAAUGGCAUAGGAAUAGUUUUAAGCAUUAACAAUAAAUCUAAUAUAGUAAUUUUUACGAUUAAAAUGAUUCAUAUAGGUAGCUGUCUGAGUGAAUGACCUCGACGACAUCUGUGACGUCACCACAGGAAGGCUAUCGGUCUCCUCGCCAUUUCCGCUAUACUAAAACACAGAGCUGACUGCAACUUCAAGCUAAUUUAUCGCCAUGCCACGUAGAUGUGUUGCUAGCGGGUGCAGCAACAUGACAGAAGGUGGAUUUGCGUUACAUUUGUAGCCCAAGAAUGUUCAAACUGCAAAGAUCUGGACAUGUUUUGCGAGAAGUUCAUGGGCACAUUGGGCACCUUCGAAGUGGUCUCUCCUCUGCUCUGCACAUUUUACUGAAGACUCAUACGAGACCUCUGAUCUGUUGAGGAGCAUUGACUAUAAGCCCGUAUUGAAAGAGGGUGCAGUACCAAGAAGAAAAGAAAACUACAAGUAAAGGAAAGUAAGUUCAGUUGCACCAGUUCUCCCGGAGCGUGAAUCAAAGGUUGUUGCUAAAACCUGGAAAGGGAUGGGACAUGACAUAUUAUCGCUCGGGCAGCGACCUUCCCACAGUUGUUGCUAAAACUGGUAACGUCCCAGGUUUUUGUAAUUGCCUGAACCUAGCAGUAAUGGUGGAGUAUUCAGUAUGGAGAAAAUGGAGAAUGAGUGGACCAGCCAUCUGAUUUCUCCUCUGGAUAUGCUUGCCUCAGCAGCAAUAUCUCGCCCUUAUGUGGAAGAAGUGAAUGAAUGGAGAACUGAAUGAACAACUGAAAAGUCAGAUUGUUUCAAAACAAUUGGCCACAAGAUCGGCCUUCAAGAAGCGAGAACACAGACAGGUAAGCUGCGACUCUCAUUUGGAUACAGAACAACACUCGUCGUUUACCUGCAUUUUGAUUAAUACAUGUAACUUGUAUUGUGUGUUUAAGUUACUGGUAUAAGAUUAUUUAAUUUGCUUCAGAAUGUGAUCGUCUCAGUUCAUCUGAUUUAUUUAAUUAGCCUUUUACUUUUUAUCAGUGAAAAUGCAUGCAUGCACAUGUAUGUUGUAUAAGUUAUAACACCUAUCCUGUUUUAAUGAGCGUCAACCCACAAUCAAUGAAGUCAAAUCAGUCUUAGUUGAGCAAGUCGGUAACUGUAUUUCUUACAGUCACCAUAAAUUUUUAUUUAUAUGACUUUGGUCUAUAGCUGUAAAAGGCCUCAGCCUUAAAACCGGUUCCUGCUGUGACGUCACACACUCGGCUGGCUGGCUCAGCAGGGGACAUCUCGAGUGCCAAUUUUGCGGUCGAUUUUAACUCUCAAAAAUGUAUGGAUUUUUUUUUUUAAUUCCCAUUUACGCAGCAUACAAGAGUCAAGGAUGGAGAUACUGUCCACUCAGAUAUGUAUUUAAAAAUGAAGGUUCUGUGCAUCUCCUUUAAACCUCUCUCUCUCUCUCUCUCUCUCUCUCUCUCUCUCUCUCUCUCUCUCACACACACACACGUUCUCAUUUAAUCAGCAGGUCUGACAAUGUGGGUUACCAAAAAAAGGCCUCCUCUUGAUUUCAAAGCAGGAAAGACCUUCUUUUAUGCUUUUUUGCUAAGUACAGGCAAUAAGUGUAUUUUUUACAUUUCUAUAUCCUCUGUAUAUUCUCUUUCUUCUCUUUUCGAUUUGGUAAAUGUCAUUGUAAAGCACCACAUGACAAAUGGAAGUGUGUGCACAGUGUAGGAUGUGGGGAUUUACUCGUACACUAUCUGGCCAAAAGUAUGCAGACACGCACAUCACGUCCAUAUGUGGGCCUUUCCCAAACUGUUGCCACAAAGUUAGAAGGGCACAGUUGUCUAGAAUGUCUUUGUAUGCUGUAUCAUUAAGCUUUCCCUUCACUGGAAUUAGUCUAAACCGCUUUCCAGCAUGACUAUGCUCCUAGCUACACAGACUAAGCACCACAUCUUCUUGCUCAACAUUAGUGCCCUUGCUCUUUUAUCUGGAAUAGGCAUAAAUCCCCACAUCCAUGAUUCAAGUUCAGAGGAGAGAGAGAAGGCUGUUAUAUCAAAGGGGAGAUCAAUUGGAAAUGAAUGUCCAUGGGCUUGGAAUUCAGUGUUCAACAAACAUGUAAAGAUGCAAUGGUGUCCACAUACUUUUGGCUAUAUGGUGUUUGUCAAGCUAGGAAUUCUGAUGUAGUGGGUGGGUGGGUGGGUGACAUCCAGUUUCCUGUAUGCUAAAAGGCUGAACUGUUCUAGAAAUAGCACUUGUACUCUUUUGGGCUUCUUUGUGAAUGCUAACUGUGUCAUUUGUACUGAAAUGUCACACAAAGUGUGGAUCCCAAACUCUAAAACUACCUAAUACUUAAAUUUGCAAAUUAUCAAACCUAAGGUUAGGGAUGAGCCCCAAGUUAAUUUGAUGCCAUUACAGACAGGACUUGCUGCACCUUUAUUGAGCUCUCAUGUCUGAAGUAAUGUGUGCUCGAAAUAUGUUACUGACCACAGAAUGAACCUUUUCACCUGUGCAUGCUUUAACUUUACUCUUUCCUUUCUGUUUCCUUUAUUUACGAUUUUACCAAGCUAGCAAUUUCCAUUCUCUGAGCAAAGUCAUACAUCUGAGCAGUAUUUGUUUAUUUAUCAAGGAUGUAUAUACUUCAGUGUAUAGUGAGUAUCUUUCUGCAUUUUAUAUACAGUAAAUGUGUGUAGCAAAUUAUUAGCCAAGUGUCAUUCCCCCCCCCCUUUUUUCUCUUUUUUUCCCCCCUUUUUGUUCUUGUUGAAAGUGUACCCUUGGCCUCACAGGUGUGUGUGUGUGUGUGUGUGUGUGUGUGUGUGUGUGUGUGUGUGUGUGUGUGUGUGAGCUCAGCCAUUUUUAGUAAAAUUACAAAAUAAAAUCUAAACACAAAA